AUGUUGGGGUUCUACACCGUCGAAGCCCCUGGCUUGAAGAUCUUCCCUACUGUUGUCCUCGUUAAGAGUUGGAGCCAGCGGUGGAGGCAGAUCCUGCUGCUCGCUACCAAGGCAACUCGUAAAUCUGCACCAACCACUGGAGGUGUGAAGAAACCUCACAGAUACCAUCCAGGAACUAUUGCCCUCCGUGAAAUUUGUAAGUACCAGAAGACUACGGAGCUCCUCAUUAGGAAACUUCCAUUCCAGAGGCUUGUUCAUGAAAUCACUCAGGACUUCAAGAUGAAUCUCUGUUUCCAAGGCCAUGCUGUGUUGGCUUUGCAGGAGGUGGCCGAGGCAUAUCUAGUGGGACUGUUUGAAGACACUAAGCUCUGUGUCAUCCAUGCCAAGCGAGUCACGAUCAUGCCCAAGGACAUCCAGUUGACUCCUAGGAUCCGUUGUGACAGGGCCUGCAGCUGA